UCUCAGUAAAACUCCAGCUUUCGGGACUGACGAGUUUACGAGCGACUCUGACUCCAGCACUAUGUCUGACAAACGGCAUACCAGCCAUGUCCAGUCUCAGCGGAUCCCCGAGUCCUUCAGAGAAAAUUCCAAGACAGACCUGGGAGCUUGUGGAUGGAUUUUGGUGGCUGCCUCGUUCUUUUUCGUAGUGAUAACCUUCCCAAUAUCAGUAUGGAUUUGCAUAAAGAUCGUAAAAGAGUAUGAAAGAGUCAUCAUCUUUAGACUGGGUCGCAUUUUGCAAGGAGGCGCCAAAGGACCUGGUUUGUUUUUUAUCCUGCCGUGCACUGACAGUCUCAUCAAGGUGGACAUGAGGACCAUCUCCUUUGACAUUCCUCCGCAGGAGGUCCUCACUAAGGACUCGGUGACAAUCAGUGUGGAUGGUGUGGUCUACUACCGUGUUCAGAACGCAACCCUGGCUGUGGCCAAUAUCACCAAUGCAGAUUCAGCAACCCGUCUUCUGGCACAAACUACCCUCAGGAACGCGCUGGGUACCAAGAACCUGUCUCAAAUCCUCUCUGACAGAGAAGAGAUCGCACACAACAUGCAGAGUACUCUGGAUGAUGCCACGGAUGACUGGGGGAUAAAGGUGGAGCGUGUGGAGAUCAAGGACGUGAAGCUGCCAGUGCAGCUCCAGAGAGCCAUGGCUGCAGAGGCAGAAGCCGCCCGGGAGGCUAGGGCCAAGGUGAUCGCAGCUGAAGGGGAAAUGAAUGCGUCCAGAGCUCUGAAAGAAGCGUCCAUGGUUAUCACCGAGUCUCCUGCUGCCCUUCAGCUCCGAUACCUUCAAACCCUGACCACUAUCGCUGCGGAGAAAAACUCCACCAUUGUCUUCCCUCUGCCCGUCGACAUGUUGCAGGGCCUCAUGGGUUCUAAUCACUGAGCUGUCCAGGUCUAUGGAGAUCUGUGCUGAAUCCUUCCCAGGGUAAAGUGGGGACAAAGUUAGCCUUUAACUCACUGGGAGAUUAGCCGGAAACUUGACUGUCCCCCUCCCUCUCCUUUCCUAUAUGUUCAAUAGAGGGGCUCUUAGAAUGGAUAGAAUCAUAAAGUCCCUCUCCUUUCCUGUAUGUUCAAUAGAGGGGCUCUUAGAAUGGAUAGACUCAGAGGGACUCACUCUGGAGCCAGGAAUGUAGCUCAGUAGCAGAGCACUUGCUUAGCAUGCCUGGACUUAAUCCUCAUCACCAAACAGAGGCGUGUUGGCUUGUAAAUAGCGAGAGAAGGAGAUGGCUAGCUUAUGCACAGUUCUCUUACUCUGUACGUUUGCAUCUUCAUUCUGAAGUAGUUGAGGCCAACUUCCGACUUCCUUUAACUCGUUCUGAACCAUGAAUGAGCAGGCAAGUCAGGGCAAGGGACACAGCCUAGACAUGCCACCUGAGCCCGGGUAAAUGCUCUGUGACACUGAAGAAUUGUGCCGCGCGCUUCUCUGGCCGCUGGUGCUUUCCCUUGGGAGGAUCUUUUGGAUUGUUUUGUUUUGUUUUGAGACGGGGUUUCUCUGAGUGGCCUUGGCUGUCCUGGCUGUGCUCUCAGAGACCCCCUUGCCUCUGCCCCCUGAGUGCACCACCGCCACCUCACCUUAAGGAAGGGUAUUUCCCUCAAAGUUCAUCCACCCACUCUAAGCCCAAACCUUGUUUUGGAAUGAUCCUCUCCUUCUUCCUGCUUGAUCCUGCAGGAGCCAACAGAAAGGCUCACACUGACCCUUCCGAGACCGAAGGUCACUCCUGCCGUAGUCCUUUUGAAAUUAGUAGGUGCAGUUUUUUAAACCCUUCUUGGGCCUCCCCUCCACGACUUGAUGACGCCUCUGUGUGUGGCCUUUAAAGCAGCUGAUCCCUGUCACUGAAGUGCUCUUUCUCACCUGUGCCUAUUUUCCUGGAUCAGGUUGUUACAUCAUCUUGAUUUCUAAAAAUAACUUGAGUUCUAGCAAUAAAUUUUUAUGUCCAUUUGAUUAGCUUAAGUACUGAAGUACUUUUAAAUUUUUUUAAGGAAACAUUAUACUUUGCUCUCUGCAGACUAUUAACUAUUGUAUACUGUGAUGUUUUAAUUACCAAUCCUAUGUAAGUAGCAUAAGGAAUUCCUAACACUUGGAGCUUGUGAUUGACGUGUGUAGACGCCCCUGCUGAGCCCGCUGUACAGAGGGAGAAUGCUUAUGUUUGAUGAGUUUUGUGGGGUUUUCUUUCUCAUAUAAAACAUAUAAAACCAGUUGAGGAAGUGGUCCACCCCUCUGGACCACAGUUCCUUAUUGUGACAUCCUUCCCUUGGCCUGGAAAGCUUGAUGGUGGCUUUUGCAACAGCUUGGGGGUGGGGUGGGGUCUUGAUUCAGCUGGAGGGGCCUGAAAGAAUGGCUCCCUGUCACAGUAGCACUGUUGACACCUGCCCGGAGCUGUUCACUGCCAGGCCCACAUGGAGCCCAUGACAGACACCCUGUUCCUAAGCCUUGAGCCCAGCUGGGUUUUCUAGAGGUGUAUAGAGCACUUCCAUCCAGACUCAAGUUGCAUUUACAUUUUGAGUUUAAAAUGAUGGGGUUUGUUUGUUUGUUUGUUUGUUUGUUUGUUUUUAAAAUCUGUUUAUAGAAGUAGCACACCCUACACUGAGGACCAGGAAACCCCUGUGUCCUGGUAAAAACACCUUGGAGAGAGGAAACAAUGCCCUUGGUUUUCUAAAUUUCCUGUCCAGACACCAACUGGCCUUUGCUUCCGUGCCUUGUGAAUUAGUAAUCCAGUAGGCUAAAACUUAGUCACAGGGAGGGAUGGAGAAGAGCAAGCCUCUAGGAAGGGGUGCUGGUGGGAGGGUUUCCACGCAUUCCCCCACUUCAGCCAUGUACAAUAAAGUGU